CGAAUAUAGUAGAACUCUCACAUCCACCCAACGUCUUAUUAAUGGUUAGGAUCUUAGGCACCCACUUGCCUAUAUUUAACAGCUACGGGCACGACUGCUCACAGCAACUCGGCGGCCGGGGAUAUGUCGCCGGGUGAAGUAGUCGACCUUCAACGACUCCCAGCUGGGGAAGCAUGCGCCAUGAAGUAAUUUCAUGGUUCCCAAUAAACACAUCCCGCCGAAUAUAUAGCAUCCAAACCCCGGGGUUACACCCAGUGCUCCACACCAUGCCCAUUUCCGGCUCGACUGGGCGCAUAUUACAAAACGCCAUCGCCCGAGCCUUCCACCCUUCAUGGCAGGCUCGCCUUGAAUGUGCCGGAAUCUAAGCAUGGGAGUAUAAGAGCAGGCGCCAACUAUUACAUGAUGAUCUCUCUUUCGCUGGGUCUGGUCGUGCUGGCGACCGGUUUGACCGUACAAGCCUACAAGAAUCCGUCGACCUCCCAUCAUCGACGUCUGCUCCAGCGUGUCGUUCCAGAGCAGGCUCAGGUCAUUAACUGGAAAUCUUUCAAUGUGCUUACGACCGUCCCCCCUCCCACGGAGGCCAAUGCUACGACGCUCUUUAUUCCGCCUGGCCACGAUCUUGCUUCGCUCACGGAGAAGCCUUUCCACAUCUACGAUGACGAAUUCUACAAUGUGAUCGGGGAUAACCCUACGCUGACGCUGAUCGCCAACACGGGAACAAACCCGAUGUUCCACGAAGCGGCCGUCUGGUAUCCACCUACCGAUGAGAUGUUCUUUGUUCAGAAUGCGGGAGCAGCAGCGGCCGGUACAGGCCUUAACAAGUCCAAUAUCAUUCUCAAGAUCGCGCUCCACGAAGCCGCGGCGGUGUCAAACCUCCGUAACGCGACGGGGUCUGUCAAUGUCCAGACAGUCAACGCUCCGAGUAUCAUCAAUUCGAACGGCGCAACAAACUACCGAGACCAGAUCGUGUUCGCGACAGCGGGCCAGGGCGACGAAUCAACGCCCCAGCUGGUUCUCAUGCACCCCAGGGAGCCGUACAACACGACUAUCUUGCUCAACAACUACUUCGGCCGCCAAUUCAACUCCCUUGACGACGUCGCAGUUAACCCGCGCAACAAGGAGCUAUACUUCACCGAUACCCUCUACGGGUACCUGCAACAUUACCGCCCAACCCCCGGGCUGCGAAACCAAGUCUACCGGUACAAUGACAAGACAGGCGCGGUCGCUGCCGUCGCAGACGGAUUCACUCUCCCGAACGGGGUAACGUUUUCACCCGACGGCUCGUACGCGUACGUGACCGACACGGGGGCAAACCACGCCGACUGGGGUUGGAACUUCUCGGACCCGGCAAGCAUCUAUCGGUUUGAUGUCAAGGAGGACGGCACAUGGGAUAACCGCAAGCUCUUCGCAUAUACCGAUUCCGGAGUGACAGACGGCGUGCACUGCGACAGCGACGGCAACGUCUACGCCGGCUGCGGAGACGGCGUGCAGGUCUGGAACCCGUCGGGCAAGCUCGUCGGCAAGAUCUUCCUCGGCAAGACGUCGGCCAACUUCAACUUCGCCGGCGACGGCCGGCUCGUCAUCCUGGCCGAAGAGGACCUCUACUACGCCACCCUCGGAGCCGCGGGCGGCGGUUACAUCGAGGCCUGACGGUAUAAUAAAAGUCUCUUAAAGGUUGAUGCUGCGUGCGCGUGUCGCGUACUGAUACCUGCCUUAGGCAUGCCUGUAUGCGCGUUGGUGGCUGUGCACUGGUGUGCGGAGGAGGCAACCCAGAAAAUAUUGAGGAGAUAGGACUGGAUACACCUAGGUAAUAAUAAGGUCGCCUAAAAACAAUAAAUCUAUUUUUACAACUCGCGUGCCCGCGCGUCCUAAUCCCGUCCGUCUCCCGGCCCGCUCGGUGCGCACGGGCCGGAGCGGCGGCUCACGCCGACUUCAGCGAGUCGACGUAUUGCUUGACGAGGGCGUCGGCGCUCUCGUCCUGGAGGAGGCCGAGGCGCCGGGCGGUGGCGGUGUCGAC